AUGGAAAGUAAUAAAGAAGAAUCAAUAAGAUGUAUAGAGAUUGCAAUUGGAAAAUAUAAUGAUGGUAAUUUAGAAGGUUGUAUAAAGUUUUUAAAUAAAUCAAUGUCAUUAUAUCCCAGUGACAGAGCAAGAGAAUUAUUAGCAACAUAUACAUCAACCACUACAACCUCAUCGACAUCAACACAAACUUCAACCGAUGGUCAUGGUGGAACAUCGACAAAAACUACCACCACCAAAACAACUACUUCAGAAACAAUAAACGAAUCAAUUAAACCAAAAUAUACAUCUGAACAAGUUGCAGCAGUUAAAAGAAUUAAAGCAUGCAAAAGUUUUUAUGAAGUUUUAGAAAUUAAAAAAGAUGCAAAUGAAACUGAUAUUAAAAAAGCAUAUAGAAAAAUUGCAUUACAAAUGCAUCCAGAUAAAAAUCAAGCACCAGGAGCAGAGGAUGCAUUUAAAAUUGUAACACAAGCAUUCUCUUGUUUAAGUGAUCAAAGAAAAAGACAAACUUAUGAUUUACAUGGAAGUGAAGAACCAACAAAUAGAUCACCAUUUUCAAGAGGUGGAGGUGGCGGUGGCGGUGGAAUGUACUAUGAAGAAGAUAUAUCACCAGAAGAUAUUUUCAAUAUAUUCUUUGGUAUACCAACUAAUGGAGCAAGAAAUAGAAGAGGAGGUGGCGGUGGAAAUCAUUAUUAUGCAUCUUCAAUGGGUGGAUCACCAUUUGGAAAUGGUGUACAAUUUAGUUUUGGUGGUGCACCAAUGCAUAGACGUAGAAGUCAACAUAAUCAUCAACAUCAAGCACAACAAGAAACUCAAGAAUCAGCAUAUAGCUUUUUAAUUAUUUUAAUACCUUUAAUUUUAUUCUUUUUAUCAUUGUUUGGUAGUGGUAGUGGAUCAAGUAGUGGUGUUAGUAGAAACUAUAGAGGUCUCUAUGAAUUCACACAAAGUCAACAAUUUCAAAACGAGCGUAAUAUCCCCAUUGAUUUACCAUCAGGAGAUAAAAUUGAUAUUGAAUAUUUUGUGAAGGUGGAUUUUGAUAAAAUCAUAAAACAAAAUGGAUUCAAUUUUAAACACUUUGAAUCUGAUGUAGCCGAAAAAUGGGUAUCAUAUAAAGAACCAAUUUGUAAAAAGAAAAAACAAUUGGAUAAUUCACUCAAAAAGGAACCAUCGAAUUCAUCAAUUAAAAAAGAAUUAUCUAAAAAUCAAUAUAAAUAUUGUGAUAUACUUAAUAAAAAUGGAAAAUCAAUCUUAAAUUUAUAUAUAUAUAUAUAUAUAUCUAUUCUUAAAGUUUUUGUUUUUCCUAAAAUUUCAUUUUUUAUUAUUUUAUUUUAUAAUUUUUAA